GCUGGCGUGAGUGUCACAUGACUAAACAUGGAAUUGUUGAAAAUACAGCCAUCAGGACAAGUAAAUAGGGGUAUGGUCCUUAUUGAUAGCCGUGAAAUGCGUAAAAUGCUAGUUUAGUUUAAUCAGAUUAAACACACGGCCUUUAAUAAUUUCAACCAAACUUGUGAGCGAUGCCUCUUGUUCCUGCAAACCAGCCGCAGCUGAUCCGCUCGUGUCAAAAGGAUGAAUAUUACCAGAACAACCUGACAAACAACGCCAAUGAGCUCUUCCUCACAUUUGCUGGUUCCAGACGUUGGCUUCAGUGGAGAAAGGAAAUUGAGUUGCUGUCUGACCUGACGUACUAUGUCCUAACAACUUUAUCUGGCUAUCAGACACUGGGUGAGGAGUAUGUGAGCAUCAUCCAGGUGGACCCCAGCAAGAGAAGAAUCCCCUCGCGAAAACGCCGAACAGCACUUAUCUUCUGCCACACGUUUGUGCCUUAUCUUCUGGAGAAGGUCUUGAUCUGUGUGGAGAAUGAGUUGGAGGCAGAAGCACCUCAGAACACACAGCGAGAGACAAGCAGAACGUGGAACCCACUAUCACACGUGAGGUUCUGGAUUCAGAGAGCCGUGAGGAUGCUGACUGAACCUCAGAGGAAGGCUUUGAUUCCAGUUGUGUUUGCCGUGCAGCAGGGAAUCACUCUCCUCUACAGGCUUCAUGUGGCUCUCUUCUACAUCAGCGGAGCCUUUUAUCACAUUGGUAAAAGAGCUGCUGAUGUUAGCUAUCUAAGAGUGCGAAACGCAACUGAGGAUGACCCGCGCAUCCUGAACAGUUACCGCCUGCUGGGGGCGCUGUCUCUGCUACAGCUGGGCAUCACUCUCACACUGCAGUUUAACAACCUCAGGCAGAGACAGAGAGCUCGACAGGAGUGGAAACAACACAGAAACCUGCUCCCCAGUCCUCAGGUCAGUCAGUCGUCGUCUCGUUCUUCACGCUGUAUCUUGUGUUUGGAGGAGCGCAGACACUCCACCUGCACUCCCUGUGGUCAUCUUUUCUGCUGGGAGUGUAUUACUGAGUGGUGCAAUACCAAGACCGAAUGCCCGCUCUGUCGAGAGAAAUUCCAACCUCACAGAUUGGUGUAUCUGAGAAGCUACAAGUAGACUGUGCUUUAACAGCGCUUGUGUCUUAAUUUCCAUCAUUGUUUGGAAAACAAAGUAAUUAAUGUUUAAAGAUUGCUUUACAUGAAUAUGUAAAUUACAUUCUGUAUAUUUUGUACUAAAUAGACAAAGAAUACUACUUUGCUAUUAUUACUGAUAAUUUAAGUUGCUUGUGCAGAUUAGAUUGAAAUUCUACUUGUAAUUACAAUUAAUUCAUUUUAAUUGUAAUUUUUAAAUAAAAUAAUGUUUCAUUUUUACAGAACUUGACAUUUUUGUUUGAUGUUCAGAGCUGAAAAGUAAAGCACAGAUAAAAAAAGAAUUGAUUUUAAGUUCAUUCAUGAAAUUCUUCAUGGUGCAAGCUGAUUGGUCCUUGACACUGUAAAACACUGUAAAGAACUUUGUGAAUCUUGGUGUUUCCAUCCAGCAGUUUGUAUGCGAUAUCCCAAAAUGCACAUUAAAAAACUUUGAUGGAAACAUAGCUACUGUUGCACGUAACAGAGUUUUCUCUCUGAAACCCUCCUCCUCCCCAGCAUCAAUUGUCUAGGUCUAUUUUAAAGGGAGAGUAUAUACUGUAUGUCUAAUUGUGCAGCAGCAGUAUGUCUGUGUAUGUUCUCAGCAGUAGUAAGUCUUCAUAUUUGCUCUGCUGCAGUUCAAGCAGAUCUAGUCAGCCAAGUCCAAAUCUUGUAACUUGUCAUAUUGAUUAGUACUUUAAAAUUUAUUGAGAGAGUUGUCAUGCCUAAACUGCAGUCUGUGGUUCAGACAAAUUAUGAAAGUGUUUUAGACUUUUAACAUGCACAUUUUACUAUUUCAUGUAUGUAUUGUUGCAGGCAGGGGACUUGCUAGAUGCAUAAAUCUAAAGUUCAAAUGGUCACAUUAUGAAAUUAUUAAGCUUAAUAAUUAUAGUAAUUAUGAGCAUUAUUUUAUUUAAUGAAUUGUUAAGUUAUGCCAAAUCUCUCUGGCAUUGCUCAGCAUUUCAAGCAAGCUUGUAAAGUAAAUUUAUAGUCAAGGUUGGAUUUUGGACUGGGGAAACAGGGGCCAGUGGCGCCUCUGACUGUCAUUUGCCUCCAGCUGUGAGGCCCAUGGUGGCCUGAAAACCAGAAUCAAGCCACCGCAGAUGUAAAAUUGAUACAUGGGCAGUUGACGUGACAUCAUGUUUUCACUGUCCCUUCAUAAAAAACUUUUCUUUUUUUAACAUUUUUACAUCUGUAAUUUCAUUAUGAUUAAUUAUAAACUUGUCCUAUACAGUAUCUCAAUUUUAUCAUGCAAUUUUGAGGGGAAUGUUGAAUUAUAGCCUGGUAUGUCCCCAGUGCAUCUGGCAUUAUAUCAUAGAGGGGUCUGUUGUCUUAAGAGAUAUUUGAAAUUUGAUUCAUGGAGAAAAUAUAUGGUAGCUCAUUUAAAAUUGUCCUCAAGUACAAUGUCUUUGACUUAGGCCAAGAAUUCCACUACAAUCUUGAGAAGAAAUCUUCUGUUAGAAGCUUUUAUUUAUUUAUUUAUUUAUUUUACUUGAUUAUUAAAGGUAUAAUUUUU